UAUUUGAUUUUUUUAAAAUAAUAGAAAGAUAUGAAUGAAGCUGAGAAGCUGCACAUAGAAAGUUUGCAUGUCCUAGAAAAGUUUAUGCUUUCUUCAGAAAAAAAUGCAACUGCAUCAUCAAAAGUUUUAAAUGAAAUCAACACAAAUACAACAAGAAACAAAAAAGAAUCAGUUAAUAGAGUCUUAAGCAUUAGUUUACAUAAUAAUGAAAAAGAGAAUAAACAUUCUUCAAGAUUAUCAUGUAGAAUGACGCCAAAAAAAGAGUGUGCUGUUGUUGAACCAUCAACUCCAACAGAAAAUUUAAAGAUGCUUGUCAGUGCAGCUAGUGUAUUACCACCAGCAUCUGAUCUUUCUGUUGAAUCUAAAGAACAAGACAAAUUAGUUGAUUUAGACAUAAGAGAAAACAUUUUUUGUAUACAAACAAGCAAGUUAAAGUUAAAAAAAAAUGUUUUAGUUGGAAGAAAAGAAAAAAGUCUAGGACUGUUAUGUGAAAAGUUUAUGUCUUUCUAUCCUGAAUAUUCAGAAAAUGGAACAACAAUUUUACUUGAUGACGUAGUAAAGAUUUUAGGUAUUGGCCGUAGAAGAGUUUACGAUAUUGUAAAUGUUCUAGAAAGUAUGGAGAUGAUGGUUCGUCAAGCAAAAAACAAAUAUUUAUGGUUUGGAAAAAGUAGGUUGAAUUCAACACUUGCAAAACUCAAGACUCUUGCGGUUCAUAUGUAUGGAAAAGAUUUCCACUCUCAAUAUAAUAAAAAAGAUAGUGAAAAUAGAAGUGGAAAAUUUCUUGUUCAUAUUCAACCAAAAGGUUAUAAUAAACUAAAUGUUUCCCAUUGUAAAAAAAAAGAUGAUACUAUAAUACUUACUGAAGUAGAAAAAGAUAAAGACGUAAAAUCUGCAGACGCAGAAGAUUUGCCAUUUAUGGAUGACACAAUUUUGAAUGACAUGAAGUCUUCUCGUUCUUUGGGUAUUCUUUGUCAAAAGUUUAUAAUGCUUUUUAUGGUGUCUGAGGACAACAUAGUAACACUUGACAAAGCUGCAAAGUUGUUGUUAACUGAACCAGAUGAGGGACCAAGCAAAUAUAAAACAAAGGUUCGUCGCUUAUAUGAUAUUGCUAAUAUCUUGAUAAGUAUAAAGUUUCUAGAGAAGUGCAUUUCACAUGAGGACCACUCAAAAAAGGCUGCAUACAGAUGGGUUGGUUUUGACUUGAACACUUUGAAUGAAAAUGUUGAUUUCAAGCAGGCUUCAAGAAAAGCUCUCAUUAAUCAAGAAUUCUCAUUGACUAGACAUUCACUGUUAGCCCAGGCUCCCAGGAAAGCGAGUGAUAAAAAAAAGUUUCAAUGUCGCUCUUUCUCUGCUCAUCAGUUGUUAGAUGUAAAAGAAUCCACAACUCCGAUCAUUUUACCACGAACAUUAUCUGCUGCUUCUAUAAAAAAACCUAAAGUUGUAGAAGACGGCUUUGAUGUUUACAAAAUAGAACAAGGUGAUAGUCCGAGACAAGUUUUGUUUAAAGAAAAGUUGCGUGAACUGCAGAAAGAGUUUCCAACAAAGCUCCCUGGAAAUGGAUUGUUAGAGCUUCUUUCGGCAUGUCGAAGCGAUGGAUUUAAAAGAACUCUUCGCAGGAGUUUAUCAUCUGAAUUUGAUGCUGAUCACAUAACUCCUGAAAAAAAACUAAAAAUAGACGUUUCAUUAAAUGAUACUAAUGCCACGGAUGUUAAUUUGGAGUCUAAUUCUGAUAUCCCCAUUCAAUUUGCAAGGGUUUCAUCUGCCGUUCCAGCAAUCUACUCGGUUUUAGCUCCAUCCUCCCAAAACCAACUAAAAAAUUCCGAAAGUCUUUUGCACGAUGUUAACACUAAAUCUUGUCAAAAAAGUUCUUCUCCAGACUCCAGAAAUUUAACGUGUUCAAAGCAAUCAAUGUCUGUGAUAGUCAAGAAACCUUUACUUUCAUCGACUGUUGAAUCCAGCAAUACAAAUUAUUAUCAAGUAGUACCAGUACGAUAUCCUUGCUCUAAUAAAAUGCAGCAUCAUCAAUUAGUCCAAUUACCAAUUGUUUUACAGCAAAAGCCUGUUUGCUUACCUGUUGUGUCUAAAAAGGCGCAACUUAUAUCUCCCCGUAGUGUUACUUCUUUGAGUAGAGUUUUAAUGCAACCUCCUGUAACAUCCAGAAACGUAAAGUUUCAAGGUAAAUCUGUAAUUACUGUUUCCACAAAUUCCAAAAUUCAAUGUAUUUCACCAAUGGUUACUUUGAAUGGAAGCGUCAGUGAAAGAAAUUAUGUAAGUAAACAUUUGCAAAAUUACCCUGAGUUAUGCACUCCUCCGCAAGUUAUAAAGAACGAUCCUGAUGGAAAACCACUUGCUACACCAAUACUUUUCCCUAAAAUGACCCCUGAAACUCCUUCAGCAGAGAAUAUCGUUCCUCAUGCCGUCCUUAAUACAGUUACUAGAAAAUUGAUGUCGUUGCAUAGCGACAGAUAAACAAAUUUUUAUCAAAAUAAAAAGAUUUCCCUUCUGUUAUUGAUCAAAUUUUGAUAAUCUACUUAAUAUGUUUUAUAUGAAUAGGUAACGAAUUUUUAUAACAA